AUGGACAUCGGUCAUGGUGGCCUACGUAGGCAGGCUUUUGCCAGACUUGCGGCAUUGUCCUCAAAGCCAUCCCCUCAUAAAGACGCCGAGUUCACGAGACUGACAGCUUCAAUUCCGCCCUCGAAAGCCCAGUCCAAUGGAGUUCUCGAAGGAGUUCUCCGUGCGAUCGCGCCGACUUCUCGGACACACAUGUCUCUCCGAGAAUUCGACAUUCUAUUGGCCUUAUGCGCCAGUGCUCACGAGUUGAAUGACCUUCACCACGCAGAACGGUUGAUAACACAGCUCAUAGCAUAUCUACCUGAAGCUCAUACCCAAGUGUUUGCUGCCUCACCAUUUCUACAUGAGAUAAAGCCUGCUCCGUGGACAGCCUUGACCUAUCAGCUUACCAAGGCCCUCCUUAUCCUAGGUCUUAAAUUUCCUCCGCUUAAGAAUAGCAUUGCAACGAGUUUCAAGUCAUACCUAAGCAAUUGGGCACAAUCGACAGCUGCUCUGGCCUCCGCUGGACUCAGUGAAGACGAUGAGGACAACGAAUAUGAGGCCAAAGAGAUAGCGGCAGUUACGGUAUCUCUGCUUGGUUUCAUGGAUGCUGCGGCGUUGCAUGAGAACUUCUGGUCCUCCUACGAGAGGGUUGAGAUGAUCCGAUCCUUGAAGGAAAGUCUCUCCGAAUCUUUCCUGAUUGCCGUGGAAACCGCAUCCUCUGCAAUCAGGACCUCCGUCUCCUCAGAUCAAGUUACAAGAGACUGGCGGAGAUACCUCAAACGAUUUGCUGCACAGGGAAUCCCUGUCGGUGCAAUGAUGCUGCAGAAGGGAUUCAUGAAACUAGUUCUUGCAUGCACUGCUCGAAUGCUUUGUGAUGAGCAUACUGUCCAGUGCGGGGAUAUUCUUGAUCAAUACAUCGCGGGAAGUCAUUUGCAUGGCGCGAAAGAUGAAGAGGUCACAGACGAUAUGGUCGAAUAUCUCGUUGAAGUUGUGACGGAUCAAAUCAACGUGUUGGAAGAUGGCUCAGACUAUCUUCAAUUGAGCUCUGCGUGGCAGCAACGACUGGCUUUCUCCGUCAAGGCACACGCUUUGGAAGCUUUUCUGCACUGUCUUGUUCUGGAUGACGAUAUAGCGGAUCCUGAAGACUUAUUUGGAUGGUUGGAAGAUUCAAUCUCCAAUCAAGUCCAAAUGGCCGACCUCGAACUCGCUGACAUUGCACUCAAAAGUCUGGCGGUUGUGGCGAAGUUCAUACCAGAGUCAGCAUCAAAUUAUGCCCGGAUACUCCUUCGAUUUAUUGUGCAGGGAACUUCACAGCCACAAGCAGUCACCAUGGCCUCCCAAAGUCUGUCUCAUAUUUUGCGGAUGCUGUCUCAAGACGCUGUGAUUACGACCAUCUACUCACUAGGAAACGUCCUGAGCUCACAGACGGCCACAGAAAAAGGGCAUCAACCCAACUUGUUCCCGGAGACAAAUGGUCAUCAUGGAUCACUUUCCUCCGCUUCCAGGCUGAGAACGGGCAGUGUUAUCUCAUUAUCUAUCAGUGGUGAUGAAGAAACAUCCCUCGUCUGUGGUAAUGUUGCCCAUGCAAUUGUUGUUAUCGCAACGGAAUGUAAUGACAGCAAGAUCACCGCACUUGUGCAAAUGAUGAUGUUGCAGAAAAUUGGGAGAGUCAGCCUUGUGGUUGACGCCCAAAUCGCGGAAGAAGCAGCAAAACUUGCGAUUCAUGGCAAAGAGAAUGAGUUCAGAGCAUUACUCCGUUUAUACACUCGCCUCCACCAAGAGGCAAUUGCUCAGGAGAACAGAGCAAUUUUCAAUGCUGUCCGAAAUGCACAAGAAUAUCUCGCCACGCAUGUGGACAACCGAUCUCCGUUGUUCAAAAUAUAUGCGACGCACUUGCUAGAACGAAUCGUUAGCAAGGGUGAUGUUAUCGAAGGAGAAUUCAAACAGUCUGCGGAAGUCGAGCAAGCUGCGAAAGAGAUAGCACCUCUACUGAAGCCUCUCUCUAUACUUGCAUCCCGAAAGCCAACACUCUCACAAGAUAUAGCUGAAGACAAUGAGUUGCUAGCCCUUGUGCGCGAUGUUUGGUACAAUAUUGCUGUUCAUGGCAUUACUCUGCAGUCGCGCAUUGGGCAACAAUUCUAUCAUGAACUAAGGAUAUUAGCAAUGAAUUCACUACCACUUGUCGACGAGGCUCGAGCCGAGCUUCUUGAAUCUGAUGUCGAAUUGAACACGGUCCUCCGUCGCGGGAUGAGCCCCCAACAUACAGCUGAUCAAAAGAAGAAUCUCAUUGCGAUAAUUCCUGAAAAAGAGUCUGAUAUCCGCCAAAUGAGUUAUCAAAAGGUGGUAUUUCUGAAUGCGGUUUUCUUAGUAGAGAGCCUCCGUGCAACCUCGGGCAGCUGUUCCGAGAUUUUGGACUAUUUUGCAGAUCCGAGCACUCAGACGAGCCACUUGGGUUUGUGCUUAGGCGUUGUUGCCAAUGAAGUCGUCAAAAGAUAUACCGAGAAGGUAGUGGCCGCAAAAGAAGAGGAAUUCAGUGCACCAUUUGCAUCCCGACAACUUGCUCGUAUUCUAAGUAUGUGCUGCCAUCGCAGUAGUAAGAUGCAGGAGGUCGCCCGAUCGGCUGCAAAUCAUAUCAUUGGCCUCGCCCCUUCAGCUUUGUGUCAGAAAGCAGCUUUAUUUGCGUUGCUCGAAUUGCUCUCUUUGAUGUGGUCAAGUUGUCUGGAAGCUGAUUUGGAUGAAUACGAGUGGCGACCAAGCUUGACUUCCACACGUGGAAAAAUCACGAUUGAGCUAUCAGACGAUUAUGCCUAUCGCCAACGCACUUUGAACAAUCUGAACAAUGAUGCAAGAAGGUGGGUUGCAAGCGUUAUGGCAAUCGCACCGCUGGAUGUCAAAGGCCUCCUCCAAACCUACCUCUCCGAAUUCGAUGAUACUGGUGCUUACGGGCAUGUCUCACUUGGACGAUCGUUUGCACUUGAGAUGGGAUCAAUAAUCCCUCCAUCGGAUCAGAGACUCAACGGCCUAGACAGAAAGGCCGAUUCAGUACAUAUUAAUAUGGGUUCUGAUUUCAUGGCUCAGUAUACUACACGACAGGAAUAUCGAUUUACUGGGGUCCCUGAAUACCAGCGGGGUACUGUUCAGCUAGACCGGUCAACAGGUCGCAGAGUCUCCUUUACAAACGCUCCGACCUCUGCUGUCACUGGGUUGCAGGAAUCCCUGGCAGCCCUGCAUUCCCGAACAAGUGAGGGGGCUGCUGUUAAAGCCUCGGAGGUUAAGGACGUCUUACGACGGGCUGCAGCACUUCUAUGCCAAAGCAAGAAGUCUCAAACUGCAAUAGUGCAUCAUCUUAUCAACAUACCAUUUGAGAUAUUCACGAAAGAGUCGAUCAAGCUUGGAAUCUCGCUCUGGCUUGGUGUCAUUCAUGAGAAUAGCAGGAUGGAGUCCCGUAUUUUGACCGAGGUGGUACAAGCUUGGGAGAGGGCGAUAGAUCGCAAAGAAGGCAUUUUCAAUCCCAGCUUCCAGCAUCCUGAUCCAUUUUACGUCAAAGAAGAAUUUGCCCCUUCUGACAAGGCUGUUAUUCAACAACAAGCGCAAGCCACUCACAACAUCAUUUCUCCACAUUUCAGAAUCAUUCAAUUCUUUGAAAGUCACUUCAACGCCAUCAGACUCGGAAGUGCCAAUACACAGCGGACAUUUCUUCGCAUGCUCGAACGGACUCUGGUUGCCUUCUCGAAGCUGAAUUGGCACCCACUUCUACGAGAAACGUUGUUCCACGUCGUACUAUUCGCACUACGAGUUCACAGAACGAGUACCACAACCAAUAAACUAUACUUGUGGAAAUUACGGGAUUUGAUCUUGUCAGUUGGUCUUCGUUGGUUUUCCUACCCUCCAGCUUGGUCAUUUGGUGGGAAUCGUCUUCAACUGAAGGCGGAAGUAGUGGUGAUGAGAGAAGUGUUGGCAUACCUCGAGAGCUCAAGGCAAGCAAUCCUCACAUCAUCAGCUACCAGAAAAGACGUGCAACAGAAACAACUCCUACUUGAAGCCCUUAUCAAUCACGAAAUCAGUCGUUUGUCAGUCUGGCUUUCGCCUCUCGGCUACACUGGCACUCUGGCCAAGACUGAGGCUCAACUGACUGGUCUCGCACGUGUGGCAUGGUCAGAGGAUGCAGCUCUCGCACUGCAACUUCUGCAUCGUUCUGCAAAUGUUCAAAUUCGCCAGGAAAUUCGGUUCUUACUGACUAAUUUUCCAGAGAAAGCAAUUCAUUCUGCCACGGGAAUUGACUUGCUAUUGGGUGAAGCAUUACCAUCAGAUGUCUCGUUCCAACUGAAAUACCUUCUCUAUUGGGCACCUGUGAAUCCAAUGCAGGCAGUCACAUAUUUUCUCCCUGCGUAUGGCAACCACCCUCUGGUGCUUCAAUAUGCAAUGAGAGCACUUGAAAGCCAUUCUGUUGACGUGACCUUCUUCUAUGUUCCUCAAAUUGUCCAGAGUCUACGAUAUGAUGCUCUUGGCUAUGUUGAGCGAUAUAUCGUUGAAGCUGGCAAGUUCUCUCAGCUGUUUGCCCACCAAAUCAUCUGGAACAUCAAGGCCAAUGCAUAUAAGGACGAAGACUCCCAAAUACCGGAUCCUGUCAAGCCAACUUUGGAUAAGGUCAUGGACAGUCUGAUUUCCAGCUUCUCUGGUCCUGAUAAAGAUUUUUACGAACGGGAAUUUGCUUUCUUCGCUGAAGUUACUGACAUCUCUGGGAAGUUAAAGCCGUACAUCAAGAAAAGCAAACCAGAAAAGAAAGCUAAAAUCGAAGAAGAGCUACGCAAAAUCAAGGUUGAGGUUGGUGUUUAUAUCCCAAGUAAUCCUGAUGGCAUAGUGGUUGGCAUUGAUCGCAAAUCUGGAAAGCCCUUGCAAUCUCACGCUAAGGCACCAUAUAUGGCAACGUUCAGGAUUCGAAAGACGAGGGAAGCCAUUCCUGAAGCUGGAGCGGACAGUGGAGAAAUGGUUCCAAGAUCUCCAACGACUCCACGAAGAGGUCACAGUCGCAGAAAUACCAGUGACAUUUCUAACAUGAGACUAAACGAGAAUGAUGCAUUGACUUAUGAGAUCUGGCAGAGCGCCAUCUUCAAAGUCGGUGACGAUUGCCGUCAGGAUGUGCUGGCAUUGCAAAUGAUCGCUGCAUUCAGAGGUAUCUUUAAUUCGAUUGGUUUGGAUGUUUAUGUCUUUCCCUACCAUGUUACUGCCACAGCACCAGGUUGUGGUGUUAUUGAAGUUCUCCCGAAUUCAAUCAGUCGUGAUAUGUUGGGACGAGAAGCAGUCAAUGGACUACAUGACUAUUUUAUCACUAAAUAUGGUGGCGAGCAUUCCGUCCGUUAUCAGGAAGCAAGGAGUGAAUUCGUCAAAAGUAUGGCGGCAUAUUCGGUCAUCAGUUACCUCCUACAAUUCAAAGAUCGCCACAAUGGAAAUAUCAUGAUCGACGACAAGGGCCAUAUUUUACACAUCGAUUUUGGGUUCUGCUUCGACAUUGCCCCUGGAGGAGUCAAGUUUGAGCGAGCCCCAUUCAAGCUUACGCCUGAGAUGAUCGCUGUCAUGGGUGGUGCUGAUUCCAAUACUUCCCAGGCUUACCGGUGGUUCGAAGAACUUACAAUCAAGGCGUUCUUGAGCAGCAGACAAUAUUGUGACAAGCUUAGUCAUCUUGUCAGUCUGAUGUUGGACAGUGGCCUCCCAUGCUUCAAACCAGAAACUAUGCGCAAUUUCCGAGACCGGUUUGUCCUGGAAAAGACCAAUAGAGAGGCCGCGGAAUUUAUGCAUGCUUGCAUCAAGAAAAGUGCAGGAAACGUGAGCACAAAGGUAUAUGAUGAAUUCCAACUUCUGACCAAUGGUAUCCCUUAUUGA